UCCGAGUUGAGUUUUUCGUCGUCGUCCGGUUCGCGCACAUCGCCCCUGUCUCGGUCGGAAGAAUAAAUACUGAAUAAAGAGACUUGGGACUUCCACUAACUAACCACCCGACACAGUGUGCUCUCAACCUAAAGUGCAUCGCGAGUGAACCACAGUGAACACAACUAGUCUUCAACUAAGCAUACAAACAGUAAAAUGCAGCUUAUAUAGAAAAUUAAUAUCAAAAGAGUAGACCCAAAGUAGCAGCGUAGCCAGAAAAGCCAAGUGUAUCAAGAAAGAGGAGGACAUGGCCACCAAUACGGAAUUGCUGCCCUUCCAUCACCAGACAAUCGCGGUGUUGAACAAUUUGAAUAGCCACUGCGGUGGAUCUGGCAGCAAUGGGGGAGCGGCCACCAGCGGCGGAGGAGCAGGAUCGGUGGGCGGAGGAGGAGCGGCGCCCACCUGGGCCAUGGAUGAACUAUACCAACAGACUGAGCUGCCCGGUCUGACGCGGACCGGGGCCCCCACCACCCACCACCACCUGCUGCGCUUCACGCCCUACGCCCUGCACCACCGGCCGCCCCAUCAUCAAUUACAAACCCUUCCGCCGGCCUUGUACUUGCAGCAGGCCGCAGCUGCGGCGGCAGCAGCAGCAGCGGCAGCAGCCCAUGCCCAGCAUCACCACCACCACCACCAUCAUCAUCACCACCUGCAGCAGAGGCCCGCAACGCCCGAGAGUCCAUCUCCGCUGGAGGAGGGCACCCACAUCAGCAAUCUGUUCCCCGAACUGCUCGAAAUGAUUUUCGAGCAUCUGCCUGUUAGGGAUUUGGGCAGGGCCGCCCAGGUGUGUACCGCCUGGCGGGAUGCGGCGUACGCCAAGAGCGUAUGGAAGGGCGUCGAGGCCAAGUUGCACCUGAAACGCUCCAGUCCAAGUCUGUUCAGUUGCCUCGUCAAGCGGGGCAUCAAGAAGGUGCAGAUCCUCUCGCUGCGACGCUCCCUUAAGGAUCUAGUUUUGGGAGUACCAGCUCUCACCUCGCUGAAUUUGAGUGGCUGCUUCAACGUGGCCGACAUGAACUUGGGCCAUGCCUUCAGCGUGGACCUGCCCAACCUCAAGACACUGGAUCUCUCGCUCUGCAAACAGAUCACGGACACGAGUCUCGGCCGGAUUGCACAGCACCUGAGGAACCUGGAGACCCUCGAACUGGGCGGAUGCUGUAACAUUACGAACACUGGACUCCUGCUGAUAGCGUGGGGCCUGAAGAAGCUUAAGCACCUGAAUCUGCGCUCCUGCUGGCACAUCAGUGACCAGGGCAUCGGUCACCUGGCGGGUUUCUCCCGGGAAACAGCCGAGGGCAACCUGCAGUUGGAGUAUUUGGGCCUGCAGGAUUGCCAGAGGUUGAGUGACGAGGCUCUGGGCCACAUUGCCCAGGGUCUGACCUCGCUGAAAUCGAUCAACCUUAGCUUCUGCGUCUCGGUAACGGACAGUGGUCUGAAGCACCUGGCACGAAUGCCCAAGCUGGAGCAACUGAACCUGCGCUCCUGCGAUAAUAUCUCAGAUAUCGGAAUGGCCUAUCUUACGGAGGGCGGCAGCGGUAUCAACUCACUGGACGUCAGUUUCUGCGACAAGAUCAGCGAUCAGGCACUGACGCACAUCGCCCAGGGACUCUAUCGGUUGAGAUCCCUAUCCCUGAACCAGUGCCAGAUCACCGAUCAUGGAAUGCUGAAGAUCGCCAAGGCGCUGCACGAGUUGGAGAACCUGAAUAUCGGACAGUGCAGCCGGAUUACGGAUAAGGGCCUGCAAACCCUGGCCGAGGAUCUGACCAAUCUCAAGACCAUCGAUCUCUAUGGCUGCACGCAACUCAGUUCCAAGGGCAUCGACAUCAUCAUGAAGCUGCCCAAGCUGCAGAAGCUGAAUUUGGGCCUCUGGCUGGUCAGGUGAUGCGUCCACCAUGAUUGCAACGCCUGCGCGGCGGAGGAGGCCGCUCGCGGCUCUUAUAAUUCCCAACCAUAGGUUCAGGGCGGGAAAGAGACGGAAGGCGGAGCAGACAAGAUACACUGAGAACUCAUAGCUUUCGUUUGCCAUACCACACGCUGUACUACAUUUUUUCGUACGAAUCGAGAAGCGAAGCAGAGAGGCACAAAACAACAGCGCAGCAACAACAAAAAGCAAACAAUGAGGCACACACACAGUAAAACACACACGCAAGCAAGCAAGGCGAGCGGGCGGAGUUGGGGAAAGGGGGGACAGAGACAGACGAUGUCGGGAGAGAGUGCUGCCAGCUUAGAGGGUUUAUAGCUAUCUCAACUUUUAUGGCAGAUUGAUAAAGUUAAAUAUUUUUUCUCAUACAGAUUUUGAAACUUUAAAGACUCACGUUUCAGUUCUUCAGAUUUUUACGUUUAUAUGGGUAUUUAGAAAUCUUGACUAGUUAAGCCCUUUUAACACGACCUGAAAUUUCAUUUAAUAAUUUGCCCACUCACCUGGAUAAGGUGUUAGAACAAUUUUUAUGUUCCAGAAGAAGAGAGUAUAUAGCCGAUAUAUAUAAAAUAGCUUCUAUCUAACCCCUGUCGAUAAAAAAAAUAUUUAAAAAAAAAAAUGAAAAUUAGCUUGUGUCAAAGGGACUUCCUUGUGUUAUUCUACUUUAUGAAAAUGACUGUACCGAAAUUUUAAUUUUUAAAUCAGCUAAGACUAUGACUCAUUUAAAUCAGCUUUAGUUAGAAAUCAACUUACUCUAGAGCUAUUUUUCGGUUGAAAAGCAGGCAGCACUGUUCAUGGAACUCGCUCUGCUGCGUUGUAUUUUGUUGAGUUCCUAGGGGGCAGAGAGAGAAAGAGAGGGGAGAUGCCGCUGGCGUCGGCUUACACGCACGCAGCGAUAAAAAAAAAAAGAGAGAAAAAAAAAGAAACAGCAGGCAACAACAAAUGCAGCUAUGGCCGACAGCAACAAAGUGCAUGGCGAUGGAGACGCGCGAUAAGAAGCAGGAGAGGGGGUGGGGGGACCAGGGAGCAAGGAGAGUGGGCAGCACACACACCCAAACACGCAUGUGUGUGUGUGAGUGUUUGUGCAAUGCAGGCCGCAGUUAAGCAGAUGCAAAUAAAUUUAAAUAGUUUAUUUUAAUUCACGCUUCGGCUACAAAAGCCAGCGUCCUCCAUUGCCACAGCAACAACAACAGCAAAGGCAACAACAACUACAGCAGCAACGAUAAAACAACAAAGCAAAAGAAAAAAACAGAGGGAGUGUGGGGAAUUAAAGCACUGGCGACUUGACUCUCCGCUCUUUUGUCGCUCUCCACCGCAUUUUUCUUGCUUUGUGCUGUGCUCCCUUUAUAUUUUUCUGUGUUUGUAUCUUUUUUGUUUUUGUGCCUCGGCGUUUUCUUCUCGUCUUUCGUUGCGAAUUUGUUUGGUACAGCGUCGUUAGAUAUGCCGUUUAAUUUAGUUGAUUAAAACGUAAACAAAAAGUAACGAAAACUUAAGCAAAAAACAAUGUUAAUAGUAGACACCUAAAGAAAGCGCGUAAACUUAAUACUUAGUUCAUAACAUUUGUCAAGCCACAAUUAGUCAAAUAACGAAAAAGAGGGGAGAAUAACCAUUAACAAAAGUUAUAAAAACAUAAAAAACAAACAACCUUGUUUAAUAGCAAAAAAAAAACUCACCCAAAACCCAUACACAAACACACAAAACACAAACGUUAAAGAAAAUUCUGUAAAUUUUUUAUUGUUUAAUUUAUAAGUAAGCAAGCAAAAAGAGAAGAUAACGAUUGAAAAGAAUAUGCGAAUUAAUUCUUUUUUCUAUUGUGAUAUAAAAUGUAUUGUAUAAAAAAAGAAAACAUGAAGAAGCAAACAAAAAUUAAUGCUAAAACAACAAUUACGUAAUUUUAUUUAAGCAGCAAGAAGCGAAAAGAGCGAGAGGAUUAAAUUAAAUAAAUUAAAAUUAAAUAAAUAUGUACAAUGUUAUGUUAAGUUAGGAUUCCUCUGAUUCUCUGUUUUUGGAUUAGUUAAAUGAGCCCGAUUCGAUGAACUUUUGUUAAUCUGCAAUAUACUGAAUGCCUUAAUUCUUUUGCAAACUAUAUUAUUAACUAUGUUGAUUCUGAAAAACACCUUAGUUUCGAUUGCAAGUUUUCCCUAGAUCUAAGUUAAUCGACAAUUGAUAUUUCUGUUUUAGGAGGCGAAACCCCCCGUAAAAAAUUCGAUUCGAUGACGUUGGCGAUGCGGAAGAAGAGAAAAUAAAUUAAAUAUGUAUAAAAAUCAAACAAA